AUGAAUAGCAUUGAAGCCACAAUCAUUUGUAUAGAUAACAGCGACUACAAUCGAAAUGAGGAUAUCGUACCGAAUCGAUUUUUAUCCCAGAUCGACUGUGUAAACGUCCUGUGCUGUAACAAAACAAGCGUGCAUUACAAGAACAACAUCGGUAUACUAACGAUGGCGGGGGAUAAAACCAAAGUGAAAGUUUCUCUUACAAACGAUAUAGGGCAGCUGCUUUCGUGUAUUCACGAUAUAAAACUAGAUGGUACAUGUGAUAUUUUACGUAGUUUAUUAAUCGCUCAGUUGGCUUUAAAACAUCGAGUAGACAAGAAUUUAGAACAAAAAAUAAUUUUAUUUGUUGGUAGUCCAAUUGAUGUUAAUGAAAAGCAGUUGAUCAAUACAGGGAAACAAUUAAAAAAAAAUAAUAUUUCUGUAGAUAUAAUUAGUUAUGGAAAUAUAAACAAGAAUAGAGAAAAAUUAAUGAAAUUGUAUGACAGUGUUAAUAAUAAUGAUAAUUGUCGAUUUAUUGAAUGUCCAGAAGUUGAAAGUAAUUUAAGCAAAUUUGUCUUAAAUUCGUUUUUAAGUAAUAAUGAUUUUAAUAUUGAUAAUAUACAAGAUGAUGAACAACUAAUAAACGCUAUGCAGUUAUCCUUAGAGGAUAGUCAUCAUAUGGCAGACAGUAAAAAUGUUAACAGUAGUAACAACAAUAUGGGUAACAGUAACCAUAUAAGUAACAGCAAUGAUUUGCCGACCAUUCAAGAUAUAGAAAAUAUGAAGGAUAUAGACAAUGAGUUGAAGGAAGCGUUAAUUCUAUCCUUGAAAGAAUACACAGAGAAGAACAAACAGGAAGAUAUGGAGCAGAAGCAAAAGGGGAAGCAGGAGGUUCAGAGUACCACCGGUGCUUCCGAUGCAGAUAAUAGCGCUAAUGCUGCGAAUGGUACUACACAGAAGGGGAGUGGGGCAGACUCUGCACCAAAUAGCACUUCUGGUAUGAAUGGGGAAGGUAAAAAGGAGGAAAACUUAACAUUAGUUAAUGAGAGUUAUAAAAACAAUUUUGAUAACAACAAUGAGGAGAUAGAACUAGAAGAAUCAAAGGAAAAAAAAGAAAAUGAAAGUUAUGAAAAGGUAUUUAAAAUAGAUAAGGAUGAAAAUAUUGACCAUAACAGCAAAUGUGUUAUAAAUGAAAACAUAUACAAUGCUGAUGAGAGUGUAGCGAAGGAUAAGGAUAAUCCUUCUACUUCUAAUGAAGGAGCUACUAAUCAAAGUAAUUCCUUUCUCAUACAAGAUUCAAGUUAUAUUUCAAAUAUUUUGGGUCAAAUUAAUCCUUUAGCUAAUGUAUUUGAUAAGACUGCUGCUAUUGAUGAAAAUUUGGAAAAUAAGCAAAGUGUCCAUGAGGACAAACCACCAUCGAUGGGAGAUCAAGAUAAUGUAGAUGAUAAGGAAAAGGGAAAGAAGUAA